AUGCCUGCGGCGCUCGGGGACGAAUUCUCGUACCCACCCCCGCCCUUUGACGGGGCGUUUGCUGCGCGUGCGUGGUCGGCCUCAUCUGCCUCUGUUGUGACCUCCGCGGAGAUGUCGUCUGUUCCUGCGCCGCCGUCGUCUGCUCCUGCUGCUCUUGCUGUUCGACCGGCGGCGCCUGCUGCGGAUUCGCCUGCUGGGGCGAAGCAUCCGGUGCUUGCCCAGGAGCUUGCGUGCUCCGUGCCUGUCCCACUGGCCCCUGGGCCUGCCCCUGACCUCCCCCUGCCUGUUGCCGCGUCUGUUGACCCCGCCGUCCCGGCUGCGCCGUCUGCUGCCCCUAUUCCCGCGGAGCCGAUCCUUCCUGGUGGUUCGUCACCGCUGGCGGCGUCCGCCGCCACUGGCGGCUCGGCCCCGGUUGCGGGAUCUGGGGAGACUGUUCACUCGGCGCUAAGGCCGGUGACGAUGGCCGAUUUGCAGCGGGUCGUCUCGCUGGAGAUGCGGAGGGAGAGGGCUGGGCAGGUGGGUCCCCCCAGCUUGCCGCAGGGAGCGCCGCUGGCUGCGGCUCCUCCUCCUGUUGCUCCUCCUGCGGCUGCAUCGUCGGCGGCCGCUUCUCCGCGUUCCGCUUCUCGUCGCUCCGCUCCGCCUGCCGCUGGAGCUCUCCAGCCAUUCCAGGCGUUGGUGGGUCCCCUUCCCGUGGCCGAGGUCCCGGAGGCGAUGCUCGGGCAGCUGUGGCGCCUCUCUGAGCGGUUACGGGCGGUUCAUUUGAUCCAGAUGUAUGGUCAUGCGGGUCUCUCCCGUGGGAACUCUCUGGAUGACGGUUCCCGAGACGAGUGUCUUGACGCCGCGGAUCGCCUCGCGGAGCUCCUGGCGCCCGUGCUGGCUGCGCCCGCGAGGGGAGGAGCUGCGGGUGUUGGGCAGCUGGGGACUGCAGUCCGAGGUUUGCGGCGCUUCUCGCGUGCAGGGUCUGCAGCCGAUGUGAUCGUCGCAGGCACAGCUGUGGUGCGGGAGUUGCAUCGCUCGGUGACGGGGUUGCUCGCGGUUCUUGACGCGGACCAAUUGUAG